CUGUGUUCCAGCGCAGGUGGUCGGUGUUGUGAUCCCGGGGCUGUGAAGGUGGGAGCGCUGGGCCCAUUUGUAGGUGACCUCUCGAGGAACCUCCUCAGCCCAGGGUGCGACCUCGCCUGCCCCUCGUCGUGGGACCACCUGUCUUUGGAGCCCACGGAAAUGCUACAAGAAGAAAAAGAUGAACAUUAAGAACCUGUACAGAAUGCUGAGAAGUCACAAGAUCAUCAGGAAAACUACAAUUCAAAAUGUGGAAAGCACAACACAAUUUAAGUAGCAAAUGAGAUGGAGGUCCCUAAGAGUAAAGCUUUGGAAUCCACUAAAAUAGCUAUUGAUGCUGGGUUCCGCCAUAUUGAUUCUGCUUAUUUGUACAACAAUGAAGAGGAAGUAGGUCUGGCCAUCCGAAGCAAGAUUGCAGAAGGCACUGUGAAGAGAGAAGACAUAUUCUACACUUCAAAGCUUUGGUGCACUUUUCAUCGACCAGAGCUGGUCCGACCAGGCUUGGAAGAGUCACUGAAAAAACUUCAGUUGGACUAUGUUGAUCUCUACAUUAUUCAUUUCCCAACAGCUCUGAAGCCUGGGGAGGAGAUUAUUCCAACAGAUGAACAUGGAAAGACAAUAUUUGACACAGUGGAUAUCUGUGCCACUUGGGAGGCCAUGGAGAAAUGCAAAGAUGCAGGAUUGGCCAAGUCCAUCGGGGUAUCCAACUUCAACCGCAGGCAGCUGGAGAUGAUUCUGAACAAGCCAGGGCUCAAGUACAAGCCUGUCUGCAACCAGGUGGAAUGUCACCCCUAUCUCAACCAGAGCAAACUGCUGGAAUUCUGCAAGUCAAAAGGCAUUGUUCUGGUUGCCUACAGUGCUCUGGGAUCGCACCGAGAACCAAAGUGGGUGGACCAGAGCUCCCCAGUUCUCCUGGAAGAUCCAGUCAUUGGUGCCCUGGCAAAAAAGCACAAGCGAAGUCCAGCCCUGAUUGCCCUUCGCUACCAGCUGCAACGUGGGGUUGUGGUCCUGGCCAAGAGUUUCACUGAGAAGCGGAUCAAAGAGAACAUUCAGAUAUUUGAAUUCACAUUGCCUCCAGAUGACAUGAAGGUCUUAGAUGGCCUGAACAGAAAUGUUCGAUAUAUUACUGCUGAUUUUGCUACUGGACAUCCAAAUUACCCAUUUUCUGAUGAAUAUUAACAUGGAAGCCUUUGUCAGACUUCUACCAGAAGACCCUUUCUUGUGAAUCAUGAUUCUGGAGCCAUCUCAGAUGCUGGUGAAUGGGCACCUCUCUUCUGAUUAAUCCAUGCUGAUUAGCAACUAACACUCAGCUAGAGCUAAAUCCACAGGGUGAGAAGCCUUGGCACUACAUUUCUGUCACUUUCUGAAAAAUAAAAUAAUGUUUUUUUUUUAUUAAAGAUGCUUACCUACCAUA